AUGCGUUUCACACCUCUUGCCAUCCUGGCCCUGUCAGGCCCGGCUGUGCUGGCUGCUCCCACUAAUGGUGAAUGGGGAGACGUCCAGCCUGCCGGCCAGGAAGGCGGCAAGCCCGAAGAGGCUGCGCCUCAAGAGACGCAGCAACCCGGUGGUGGUGGCUGGUCUGACAACCAAGGCCAGUACGGAAAGACAUCAUCCGUCGUCGUGCCUGAGGUACCCCAGGAGACUCAGAAGGAGUGCAAGCCGGAAACCGUGACGGAAACCCAGACCGUCACUGAGGCUGCGCCCGCGCCACCAGCGCAAACCAUCACUGAGAAGUCGCCGCCUCAGAUUGAGACUAAGGUCGAGACUGCUCCAGCGCCUCCAGCGCAAACCAUUACGGAGCAGGCACCACCCAAGGUCGAGACCAAGACCGAACAGGUCACUGUACCUGCCGAGACGAUCAAGGAGACUAUCACUCAGUGUGAAAGUCAGCCAGCAGAGACCAAGCAGCCUGAGGGUGGUUGGCAAGAUGCUCCAGCUGCACCUGAAGCUCCUAAACCCGAGACUCCUGCGCCACAGGCUCCUGCACCUGAGGCGCCUAAGCCUGAGGCUCCUGCUACACCGGCUCCUGCGCCAGAAGCUCCCAAGCCUGAGGAAGCUCCCAAGCCUGAGGGUGGUUGGCAAGACGCAGGAGCUGCACCCGAGACUCCCGCGCCACAGGCUCCCGCGCCAGAAGCACCCAAGCCUGAGACUCCUGCACCAGAAGCCCCAAAACCUGAGACCCCAGCUCAGCCGGAGGGUGGUUGGCAAGACGCAGGAGCUGCACCUGAGACUCCUGCACCAGAAGCUCCGAAGCCCGAGACUCCUGCGCCUGAAGCCCCAAAGCCCGAGACCCCUGCUCAGCCGGAGGGUGGCUGGCAAGACGCAGGAGCUGCACCUGAGACUCCUGCACCAGAAGCUCCGAAGCCCGGGACUCCUGCGCCGGAAGCCCCAAAGUCCGAGGAGGGUUGGCAGGACGCCCCAGCUGCCCCGGAAGCUCCUAAGCCAGAGGCUUCUCAGCCGGAAGCUCCCAAAGAAGAGGCUCCCAAGCAGCCCGAGGCGCCCAAGGAGGAGGCUCCCACGGAACCUCAGCCGGUUGAGGAGAAGCCCGAGGAGGGUAACAAAGGCGGAUGGGGCGAUGCUUGA